CGGACACCGCUGAAGACAGCCUGUUAUUACCCCGUUUUUGGCGAGAAGGAGUUAGCCGUCGCGGAGGCAAAGAGCACCUCUCCUGUCUUAUGCCAUCACCAUCUCCUCAUCCUCAGGAUCUCGUCGAGGAGCGUGUCACCCAGCUCAAUGCUAUAACCCAACGCCGAAAUGCACUGCUCAAGGAGAUGUAUCAUAUGAUACGCGUACGGAACAGUUAUGGCGACGUCCUCGAGUACGAUCCCGCCGACGACGCGGACGAUGAGAACGUCCAGGGGUUUCUGGACAGAUUUGAUAUCAACAAGGCAAGCAUCAUGGACGUCCCCGACCUGACCGCGCUCGUGUCCCCACGGACAUCGCCCUCGCGUGCCCCGUCCAGCGAGGCGCAGGAGCGUCCGGCGACGGUCGGCGUCGUCGACUACGACUCUCCUAUGUCCGAGCCACCCACCUCGCCUGCGUUCCCUAAGCGCGGAUACAUGGAGAAAGAAGAAGAAGAGGCGCAGGAGCCGAGACAGAAGAUGGAAGAGGAAGAGCAGGAGGAAAGGGAGGAAGAGUCGGACGAUGCGCUCGCGACGCCCCGCCCCGGCAGUGUCUCGCCACACCGGGGGCGCUCCGCAUCGGACUUGCCGCACGAUAAGCUCAAGCGCGAGGACGAAGAAGACGAAAGGGAGCCAGACGGGCUCGAUGUUAUUGAUCGGUUUACGCGGGAGGAGUCCACCAUCAAAGCGGCAUCGGAGGCAAGGAGCGUCUCGUCGAUGCACCGGAGCUCGCCUGCUAAGACUCCGAGGCCGGCGUCGCCCUCGCCACAACCAGGCGUUGAAGAAGCUCAGGUGGUGAAAGUGGUCACCGCGACGCAGCAAGAAGAGGAGGAAGACGCGGAGGAUGAAGAUGCGGUGAUGGAGGACGUUGUUCCAAGACCUGAACGCGAGCAGGAGCAGGAGGUAGAGGCACAGCUGGCACCAGCGCCCGAACCGACGCAGCCCGAGGCCAGGCCAGAGCAGUUGCACAAGCAGGAGCAGGAGGAAGAGCAAGAGCUCGAGGACAUGGAGGAGUCGCCGCCGCCCGAGCCGGCGCCUCCUCUGGCGGAGGUCUCGACCUCGACAGAGCUCAUGCAAGUCGCCGAGUCCUCCAACGCCGCUCCCGUUGCAAGUCUCUUCGAGGUCCCGUCCCAGUCUUCCUCCCGGCUCAUUCCCGCACCCUUGACAUCGAUCACGCCGAGCUACACUUUCCUGGACUUCACUGCGGAAGAGCAGCCCGAGACACUCGCUCCGCCGGUGUACAAGAGCGAGCACGCCGAUCCCGUUUACCCACUCCCUUCGCUCAAGAUUCUGCCCGCCGAGUUUUCGCGCAAGACUCGGUCGGCCAAGCAGCGCAAGAAGGACAAGGACAAGGACAAGGACGCGAAAGGAGGGGGCAAGGACGAGUGGGCGCCGAUGGGCGUCGCCAAAUGGGGCGCGACGAUCCGUGCCAAUCCGGUGUGGAAGAAGGUGUCGAGGACGCCGAAGUGCUUGAGCACGCGGGAUUGGAGCGUCGCAAUUACUGAGCUCAAGAUUACACGGGCGCUUGAGCGCGUUGAGAGCUUGCAAGGUUCAGGCAAGUGGAGCUUCCGACAGCCAAAGAAGCAGCGCACGGUGGGUAUGUUGCCCAAGAACCACUGGGAUUAUAUGUUGGACGAAAUGAAAUGGAUGCGCACCGACUUCCGAGAAGAGCGACGCUGGAAAUAUGUGCUCGCGUUUAACUUGUCCACUGCUGUGCUGGAGUGGCACGCCGCAGGCAGCCGCGAAGAGCGCAUGCGGUCCGGCAUAUGUGUGCUCUGGAAACGCCCAAGAGCCCGGGUGGAGAGCGGGCAGUCCAUGGAUGUGGAUAAUCAAGCUCCCGAUAACUACUUCACGCCGGCUGCGGGCGCAGACGACGAUGAGGACAAUGACGACGAAGACGAGAACGGCGAGGCGCGGGUCAACGAUCAGCUCGGCGCUGCGGAGGCUCUGCAGGACGCGCUCGACACCGCUGGACCGAGUACGUCGGAGAACAGUCAGGUGCAGACGCCAGCUCCUGAGCGGCUGCAGCCGAAGAUCGAGGAGCUCGAGGAUUCAUCCGCGCUUCAGUCUGGGGCAAGCGGUGAGGACUCGAAUGCGAUGGCUGUCGACAACUCCCAGGAAGGCCAGACGGAGGGGGCGAAGGCAAAGAAAGAGGACAAGGCGCCGAACGAGCUAGCCGGGCUCAAGACCACCUCGAACGAUCCGGUGCUCGUCAUUGCGGACUCGGCUCCGGCAAACGGCGAGGUGGGCCCGUCUUUCCCCAAGAAGGCGUUGAAGACGCAGGUGUACGCGCCGCUGCGGGAGCACAUCGCGUACACCGACGAGCAGAAGCUUUUCCUCGAGCUCGACGACUUGGAUCUGAACCAGCGCUUCUCUGAGCUCUCCACUGCGGACAGCGGUAUUAACAAUAUUGGCAAUGAUAACUUUGACCUGGGCUCGACGGUGCCCGACCUAUCCGAUAUCUUCCCCGAGCUGCAGCCGAUGGUGCUCCCCGACGUCGUCAACACGACGAUCCCGUCCGUACUGAGCGAGACGAAGAAGAAGUCGGACCGCAAGGUGGACAGGGACGACAACAGGCGCGUGGACGAGUCCGCGUACAACAAGCUCGUGCCCGUCGGCAGGUUUAUGCAUGCGAAGCCGACGCUGCUGAGCGCGUUGCAGCCCGCGAAGCGGUUCAAGGACGGCGUGUGGCUCCCGGUCGAGGACCCCGUUGUGUGCAUGGAUUAUGCGGGGCCGCCUGGGAAAACGAGUGACGACUCGCUCCUCGAACUGUUCGACGGCAACAAAGCAUCGAGCUCCGCGAUCGUCGCCCCCGCGCACAUGCAGUACACGCGCGACGCCAAAAAGCGCGCCGAGCACAACUGGAGCGCGGGCGAGGACGCGCUGCUGCGCAGCAUCGUCGCCAAGUACCCGAGCAACUGGACGCUCGUCGCGGACACGUUCAACGCCUCGCGCGUCACGAUCUCCAUCGACAGGCGCACGCCCUGGGACUGCUUCGAGCGGUGGUGCAACCGGUUCGGAGGCGGCCUGCGCCCCCCGCCGCCGCCGUUGCAGGACGCUGCCGCGGAUGGGGCGCCGGGCCCGUCGUCGCAUGGCGGUGGGCAGAUGACGACGAGGGGCGUUAAGAGGCUGGCGAGCGUCAGCAUGGCGGCUGGGGCUGGGAGUAGUUCGGCGGGGCAGACGUCGGAUGCGAAGAAGCGGAGGCGGCAUGCGCUUAUGUACGAGACGAUGCGCAAGGUGUCGAAGAAGCGGGAGGCGGCGCAGAAGACGGCUGCUCAAAAUGCGAGAAAGGCGCCGGCGGUACAUGACACGCAUGGGAAGUACAACAACAUGCCGCGGUUGACGCCUGCGGAGCUGAGCCGUAUGAAGGCAGAUAAGGAUGCUCGAGAUAACGCGGAGAUGAUGCUAAGGAGGCGACAGCAGGAUCUAGCUCAGCAGCAGCUACGCGCGCAGCAGCAGCAGCAGGGCGCACAGGCGGCUGGACAGCCAGCGCAGGCGGGCCAGCAGCAGGCAGUCAACGGAGUGGCGCGACAGGCGGCACCGGCGACGCCAAACGUGCCGCAGAUGCGGGCGGCCGUGCCCCAGGUUAACAUUUCGCAGCAGCAGCGCAUCCCGACGCCGAUGACGGCCCAAGGCGCGCAGCGGAUGUCUCCUCAGCAGAUGCUCCAGGCCCAGGCGCACGCGAUGGCUCGCCACCAAGCGCAGGUGCAGGCGCAACAGGCUCAGGCUCAGGCCCAGGCCGCCGUCGCGGCGAGUAUUGCGAACGGGAACAACGGCGGCGGCAACGGCCAGGCGGGUGCGCAUCUGUCGCCGCCGUAUCAGUCGCGCGCCGCGUCGGCGUCGCCCAACGCUAACCCGGCACAGGCGUCGCCGCCCCAGAUCGCCGCGGCGCUCAGUGCUGGCAGCAACAGCAACAACAACGCGGCCAACGCGAUGUCGCCCCGGCCGCCCUCGGCGCAGGCGCAGCUUGCGACGAUGCAGGUGCCCGGGAACGCUCUUCCGCGGCCGGCGAGCAGCAUCCCGGCGCAUUAUUUCCCGGUUGUCAAUGGGCCUCAGAUGACGCAGGAGGGGUUGGAGCAGGCGAUGCGCUUUCAGAGUCUUCUUGCU